AUGCCCUUGGCACCUCCGUUGAACUUUCCCAAAUGGCUGUCGGAGAAUGCUGACCGAUUGAGACCCCCAGUCAAUAAUUUCUGCCUAUAUCAAGGGGGUGAUUUUAUCGUGAUGGUGGUCGGUGGACCAAAUGAACGCAGUGAUUACCACGUCAACGAGACCGAGGAAUGGUUCUAUCAACACCAUGGCGGGAUGUUGCUGAGGGUUGUAGACGGAGAAGAAUUCAAGGAUAUUCACAUCGAGGAAGGAGAGAUGUUCCUUCUGCCUGCCAAUACUCCGCAUAAUCCAGUACGAUUUGCGGACACAAUUGGAAUUGUAAUUGAGCGCCAGAGACCGGCAGACUCGAUAGAUCGAUUGCGAUGGUACUGUCGUUCCAAGUCACACGACAAACCAACAAUUAUUCGGGAAGACUCGUUCCACUGCACUGAUCUUGGUACUCAGCUUAAGCCAUUGAUCGAGAAGUGGAUAUCGGACCCGUCAAUUCGCACAUGUAGUAGCUGUGGAGAAGUAGCAGGCGCCAAGUAA